GACCCGGCGCCCGUGCCCGACGGCGGCGCCCGGGACGAAGAGGCCGCGGCCGCGAGAAAGGAGGACGCGGGGGCGCCGGAGGCGAGGCCGGAGCCCGGGCGCUCACGCCGGGACGAGCCCGAGGAGGAGAAGGACGACGAGGACGACCUCAAGGCCGUGGCCACCUCUCUGGAUGGUCGCUUCCUCAAGUUCGACAUCGAGCUGGGCCGCGGCUCCUUCAAGACGGUCUACAAGGGGCUGGACACCGAGACCUGGGUGGAGGUGGCGUGGUGCGAGCUCCAGGACCGGAAACUCACCAAGCUGGAGAGGCAGCGGUUCAAGGAGGAGGCUGAGAUGCUGAAGGGCCUGCAGCACCCCAACAUCGUGCGCUUCUAUGACUUCUGGGAGUCCAGCGCCAGGGGGAAGCGGUGCAUUGUGCUGGUGACCGAGCUGAUGACCUCAGGGACCCUGAAGACGUACCUGAAGAGGUUCAAGGUGAUGAAACCCAAGGUCUUGCGCAGCUGGUGCCGGCAGAUCCUCAAGGGGCUGCUGUUCCUGCACACGAGGACGCCCCCCAUCAUCCACCGGGACCUCAAGUGCGACAACAUCUUCAUCACCGGGCCCACCGGCUCCGUGAAGAUCGGCGACUUGGGCCUGGCUACCCUCAAGAGAGCGUCCUUUGCGAAGAGUGUGAUCGGUACCCCCGAGUUCAUGGCCCCCGAGAUGUACGAGGAGCACUAUGACGAGUCUGUGGAUGUGUACGCCUUCGGGAUGUGCAUGCUGGAGAUGGCCACCUCGGAGUACCCCUACUCGGAGUGCCAGAACGCCGCCCAGAUCUACCGCAAGGUCACCUGUGGCAUCAAGCCGGCCAGCUUUGAGAAGGUGCACGAUCCCGAAAUCAAGGAGAUCAUUGGGGAGUGCAUCUGCAAAAACAAGGAGGAGAGGUACGAGAUCAAGGACCUGCUCAGCCACGCCUUCUUUGCGGAGGACACGGGCGUGAGAGUGGAGCUGGCGGAGGAGGACCACGGCAGGAAGUCCACCAUCGCCCUGCGGCUCUGGGUCGAGGACCCCAAGAAACUGAAGGGCAAGCCCAAGGACAACGGGGCCAUUGAGUUCACCUUUGACCUGGAGAGGGAGACGCCGGACGACGUGGCGCAGGAGAUGAUUGAGUCAGGAUUCUUCCACGAGAGCGACCUGAAGAUUGUGGCCAAGUCCAUCCGUGACCGCGUGGCCUUGAUCCAGUGGCGGCGGGAGAGGAUCUGGCCGGCGCUGCAGCCCCAGGAGCCGCGGGACCCGGGCAGCCCCGACAAGGCCAGGGGCCUGCCCGCACCCCUGCAGGUCCAGGUGACCUACCACUCGCAGGCUGGGCCGCCGGAGCCCGAGGAGCCCGAGGCCGACCAGCACCUCCUCCCCGCUGCGCUGCCGGCCAGCGCCACCUCCCUGGCCUCCGACAGCACCUUCGACAGCGGCCAGGGCUCCACCGUCUACUCAGACUCGCAGAGCAGCCAGCGGAGCGGGGCGCUGGGCUCGCUGGCAGAUGCAGCGCCCCCCGCCCAGUGCGUGUGCAGCCCCCCCGUGAGUGCCAGCGCCAGCGACGGGCCCGGCCUGCCGCCCAGCCUGCCUGGGCUGGGGUCCUACCAGCAGCCCGCCUCGCCUGGCCUGCCGGUGGGCUCCGUCCCGCCCCCGACCCAUCCUCCACUCCCACAGCAGCGUUUCCCAGAGCCGGCCGUGAGCUUCGCCCCUGUGCCAACCGGCCCAGGCCAGUCCACACCCCCCAGCCACCAGCCUCCUCCGCUGGCCCAGCCGGUGCCCCUGCCGCAGGUCCUGGCCCCACAGGGCCCUCUCCAGCCGGUGGCCCCCCUCCUGCCUCCGUACCUGCCUCCGACCUCCCAGGUGGUGGCCCCUGCUCAGCUGAAGCCCCUCCAGAUGCCGCCGCCCCUGCAGGAUCUGCCUCAAGUCCCUCCGCAGAUGCCUCCGCUUCCUGUCAUCCCCCCAGUUGCUUCUCUGGCCACAAUCGACAGCCUCCCCACAGCCGUCCCCGACCUGCCGGCCGCCAGCGGGCCCACUGUGCCUCCCCACUCUCAGUAUUUCUCUCCGGCCGUCAUCUUGCCGAGCCUCCCGCUCACUGCCGCCGCUGCCCCCCUGCCCGCGUCGCCGGCCCUGCCUCUGCAGGCGGUCAAGCUGCCCCACCCCCCUGGGGCGCCGCUGGCUGUGCCGUGCAGGACCAUCGUGCCAAAUGUGGUGGCCACCACCACCGCCAUCCCUCUGCUGGCCGUGGCCCCGCAGGGCAUGGCUGCUCUGUCCAUUCACCCUGCUGUGGCCCAGCUCCCAGCUCAGCCCGUGUACCCAGCGGCCUUUCCACAGAUGGUGCCCGGUGAUGUCCCGCCUUCUCCCCUGCAUGUGGUACAGACCGUGCGGGCUGCCCCUCCGAAGCCGGUGCCACCCACGCUGCCGCAGCCCCACCAGCCUAGCAUCGCUCGCCUUCCGGAGCAGGCUGCUUCGGCCACCAGUGCUGGGAGCCAGAUCCUGCUUGGCCACCCACCUCCAUAUGCUGUGGACAUCACCGCCCAGGUCCCUACGCUGCCCACACCGGCUGCCAUCCUCUCCCCACCUCUACCAGAAGUGCUGCCACCUGCUGGCCCCGAGCUCCUGCCUCAGCUCCCCGGCUCCCUGGCCCCCGCGGUGGUGGCGGCUGCUCAGAGCUUGCCCGUCCAGACUGCCACGCUCCUGCCACCUGCUAAUCCACCGCUGCCCAGUGGGCCCGGGAUCACCGGCCUCUGCCCGGCUGUCCAGCUGACUGUGGAGCCGGCCCUGGAGGAGCAGGCCUCUCAGGACAAGCAGCCCGGCCUCCUCCAGAGCUGUGAGAGCCUCGGAGGUUCCGACGUCGCCUCUGGAAGAGAGAUGAGCGACAGCUGUGAAGGUGCGUUUGGUGGGGGGAAGCUGGAAGGCAAGGCCGUCCGGAAACAUCACCGCAGGUCCACGCGUGUGCGCUCCCGCCAGGAGAGGGCCAGCCGGCCCCGGCUGACCAUCCUGAACGUGUGCAAGACGGGAGACAAGAUGGUGGAGUGCCAGCUGGAGACGCACAACCACAGGAUGGUGACGUUCAAGUUUGACCUGGACGGGGACGCGCCUGACGAGAUUGCCACCUACAUGGUGGAGCACGACUUCAUCCUGCAGGCCGAGCGGGAGACGUUCAUCGAGCAGAUGAAGGACGUCAUGGACAAGGCGGAAGACAUGCUCAGCGAGGACACGGACGUGGACCGUGGCUCUGACCCCGGGGUGAGCCCGCCACACAUCAGCACCUGCGGCCUGGGCGCCGGGGAGGAGAGUCGCCAGUCCCAAGCGAACGCGCCGGUGUAUCAGCAGAACGUCCUGCACACCGGGAAGAGGUGGUUUAUCGUCUGUCCGGUGGCUGAGCACCCAGCGGCAGAGGCCCCCAAAUCCUCGCCCCCACUUCCUCUGCGCUCCCUGCAGCCGGAAGCCAGCCAAGAUUCAGUGCCCUCAAAAGACCAGCUGUCCUUGAAGGAAAAACCCGGCUUCCUGGCCGGUCCACAGCGCCUGAGCCAGGCAGGCCCCAGGGAGGCCCCUGGCGGUGCACCGGCCCCCUUGGUGCCAUCUUCCCCUCCUGUGACUGCUGUGCCCCAGGACACGGCCGCACCAGCCGCCAGCCCCAAGCCAGAACCAGCAAUGGGGUCUGCCGUGCAGGCAGGGGCCCCUGGGACCCCUCGGGGGCCGGCCAGCGAGCGCGAGACCCCCCAGCCACUGGCAGAGACUCAUGACGCCCAGCCUGCCGCACAGCCCCUGGGCGAGGACCGAAGGCCUUGCGCCCCACCUCCAGAGGCCCCCCGCCUCUCCACGGGUCUGGGGGAGCCCAUCUCAGCCUGGGAGGCCAGUGCCCACAGGGAGACCCCGCCGGCUACGGCUCCUGGGCCCGGCGUGCCCGGUGGAGCCCCUCAGCCUGCCCUGGGCCAGCCCCUGCCCCUGCUCCCCGCCGCGGUGGGGGCCAUCAGCCUGGCCCCCCCCCAACUCCCCAGCCCCCCGCUGGGGCCCGCUCCCCCCCCGCAGCCGCCCUCUGCCUUGGAGUCGGAUGGGGAGGGUCUGCCGCCCAGGGUGGGCUUCGUGGACAGCACCAUCAAGAGCCUGGAUGAGAAGCUGCGCACUCUGCUCUACCAGGAGCAUGUGCCCACCUCCUCGGCCUCAGCCGGGACCCCCGUGGAGGCUGGUGACCGAGACUUUGCUUUGGAGCCCCCGAGAGGGGACCAGCCCCACACAGAGGCCUCCGGGGAGGACCUAGCCUUGCCUGCCCAGCUUGUGUUGGAAAAGUCAGAAAUGGCCCUUGCACGAGGGGCCCCGCGGGAGCAGGCCAUGUCCUCACCGAUGACAGCAGAAUCGUCUUUGAGUAACACGCUGGCUCUGCUGGGCUCUGAUCGAAGACAGGUGGCCUCAGAUUUGCCUGCAGCCCCCAGCGCCCCCCAGGAUGCCCCCGCUUCUGCCAUCCCUGCAAGUCUGGAGCCCAGAGACUGGAGCAGCGGAGUCCCCAGGGAAGCUUCAGCUGAGCCCACACGGAGCUGUCUGGGGACACUGACAGAGGGCGGCCAGGCCAGCCACCCCGAGAUGCCUGGUGCUCUGGCCUCGGGGUCCCCGCGGAAGUGGCCAGCACAGCAGGAUGGCAGCUCGCCAGCCAAAACUGUGGGUCGGUUCUCUGUGGUCAGCACCCAGGACGAGUGGACCCUGGCCUCCCCCAACAGCCUGCGGUACUCAGCCCCACCGGAUGUGUACCUGGACGAGGCCCCCCACAGCCCUGACGUGAAGCUGGCCGUGCGGCGGGCGCAGACGGCCUCCACCAUUGAGGUCGGUGUAGGCGAGCCCGUGUCCAGUGACUCCGGGGACGAAUGCCUGCACCUGAGGCCGCCCGUGCAGGAGCAUGCCUCCCUGCCCGGCAGUGGUGGCAGCAUGGCCAGUGACUUCGUGAAGAAAGCCACCGCCUUCCUGCAAAGGUCCUCACGGGCUGGCUCCCCAGGCCCCGAGACACCAAGCAGGACUGGUGUGAAGGUCCCCACCAUCAGCGUGACCUCCUUCCACUCCCAGUCAUCCUACAUCAGCAGUGACAAUGACUCAGAGAUCGAGGACGCUGACAUCAGGAAGGAGCUGCAGACUCUGCGAGAGAAGCACCUGAAGGAGAUCUCGGAGCUGCAGAGCCAGCAGAAGCAGGAGAUCGAGGCCCUGUACCGCCGCCUGGGCAAGCCGCUGCCUCCCAACCUGGGCCUCUUCCACACGGCGCCCCCAGCUGGCCGCCGGAGAAAGACCAGCAAGAGCAAGCUGAAGGCGGGGAAGUUGCUGAACCCGCUGGUGCAGCAGCUCAAGGUCGUGGCCUCCAGCACAGGUCACUUGUCAGAGUGCGGCAGAGCCCCUCCUGCUAAGGACCCUGCCCACGCGGGGGCGGGGCCCACGGCAGCUCCAGACCCGAGUGGGAAGGCAGUUCAGACUCAGCAGCCCUGCUCCGUGCGGGCCUCCCUGUCUGCGGACAUCUGCUCCGGCUUAGCCAGUGAUGGAGGCGGAGCGCACGGCCCAGGCUGGACGGUUUACCACCCAACGUCUGAGAGAGUGACCUAUAAGUCUAGUAGCAAACCUCGCGCUCGAUUCCUCAGUGGACCCGUGUCUGUGUCCAUCUGGUCUGCCUUGAAGCGUCUCUGUCUAGGCAAAGAGCACAGCAGUCGGUCCUCCACCAGCAGCCUGGUCCCAGGCCCCGAGCCAGGCCCCCAGCCGGCCCUGCACAUCCAGACGCAGGUGAACAACAGCAACAAUAAGAAAGGCACCUUCACGGACGACCUGCACAAGCUGGUGGACGAGUGGACGAGCAAGACGGCGGGCACCACGCAGCUGAAGCCGUCGCUCAACCAGCUGAAGCAGACACAGAAGCUGCAUGACAUGGAGGCCACGGCAGGCCGGCCCCCGGCCCCUGGCGAGGCCCGGGCUAUGAGCACGCCUCGAACAGCAGUGGGGACGCCAUGUCUGGCCCCAGCGCCUGGCCCUCUGCCCACCACGGUCAUUCCUGGAGCCGCCUCGGUCCUGCCUGUGCCCAUGCCAGAUUCUGAGAGUGAGAAGCCCGACUGAGCCCAGGCAGGCGGACCAGACCCCGACGCCAGGCCCCGUGUCGUCUCUCGGAGAAGCCGAGCCCGCGCCUCAUGUCUGGUUCAUGCUGUUUUGUAACCACUUUCUAAACAUUUUUUAUUCACAAUUGGAAACACAAAUAUAAUGCAAGAAUAAAAAAUAUUUUAGGGGA